ACUAAGAGGUCACAUCAAAGUUCUUCUGGCAAUGAAAACCACAAUUUAAAGAAGAUUAAAAUGACAAGUGCUGAAGAGGACAUUGUAACAGAUUCUCUCUGCUACCUAAGCACUAUGGAAUUGCAGGAUGUGUCUACCACUUUGAAUAUAAGUGAUAUUGUUGAUACAGCUGUCUCAUCGUGUAGCACGACACAACAUCAGCUCCCUGAUAUUAGAAAUAACUAUUUUGACGUUCAGAAGGACACUUCAAUUGCAGAUAGUGACUCAAGUUUUGAUGACCCCAACGAUCUUGAUUAUAUUCCAUCAAUUAACAGCAGCUUGAUUGUUCAAUCUUCACCUUUACGUGACCAGCAGCAGAUAUUAGAUGUGGAAAUAAAUCACCAGCUACUAGAAGUGGAAAUAAACCAGCAGCCACCAGAAGUGGAAGUAAUCCAGCAGCCACUAGAAGUGGAAGUAAUCCAUCAGCCACCAGAAGUGGAAGUAAACCAACAAGGUCCGGAACCUCCUGAAGAACAGCCGUUGUAA